AUGCAAGGUACCGGCGUAUGGUCCGGUAUUAAGAUGUCGAGAGACGUGAAUGGAAACGUGCCGAAAUCCCAAGCCCAGAUGAAGCAAUCGGGAAAGUCCGCGCGGUUUCCGAACACCAACAAAGGAGGAGGACAACAAGCGCCGAAAAAGAAGUAA